AUGGCGGCACAGGAUCCAAAGAGCCGUGUCACAGACGAUCAGCGCGAGAGGUUCAAGAAGCAGUUCUAUUCGACGCACCUACCUGACAGGUUUGAUGCUGCUAGGCAGGUCCUGGAACAAUAUAGCGGGAUACCGACCGACGAAGUAAAUGAACAUGUUUUGAGGAUCCGAGAUCAAGGUUGGGCCAUCUUGCCCUUCCCCUGCAUAGGCCAAUUCCGCUUCCUGGAGCUGGAGCGUACGCUCACAGACCCUCGCUACCAGGCUGCACUCACUCGCCUUCGGCAUGGAGGCUCGGUAGAUGCCUUGCUCGACGUGGGAUGUUUCGUGGGUCAGGUUGUGCGCGCCCUCGCCUUCAACGGCGCUGACCCCGCGAAGCUGUAUGGCACGGAUCUGGAGCAGGCAUAUCUCGACCUUGGCUUCGACUUGUUUCGUGACAGCGGCAAGAUGGACCGGUCGCACUUCAUUGCGGGUGAUAUGCUGCUGGAGCCGCGGGAUCCGCGCCUAGAUCCCUUUGUAGGCAGAUUUACUCUCAUCCACGCGAGCAGUUUCUUCCAUCUUUUCGACUGGUCGCUGCAAAUCAAGGCCGCGAAGCGGUGUGUGGAGUUCAUGAAUCCUGAACUGCCCAAUGUGAUGGUAUUUGGAGGAAUGGUCGGAAGGGAGGAGCCUGGCGAUGUACGUGGACCGGGACAGUCGAAGUUGUUUAUGCACAACGCCGAGAGCUGGGCGAGGCUGUGGGUUGAAGUCGGGGAGGCGACAGGGACCCAGUGGCAGACUGAAUUCGAGUUUGUCGAUGAUGAGGCAUUUAGGACAGAUAAUCCGCAGUAUGCCAUUGCUGGGAUUAAGAGGGUCCGAUUUGGUGCUUACAGAGUACAACUUCCCGGAUCAAACAGCAAUGGAUCGAUACGAUGA